UGAGAGAGCGAGGAUGGUCGGACGUGGCCGUGGCGCGGCCCGAACACCAACUCAAUCCCGUGCGCCCGUGACUGGAUCCACCGGAUGCAAAGAAAGUAGAGACAGAGAAGGAACUCGACCCUCCUCCACCCGUCAGCUCACUAGAGAAACGCCAACACAACUUGUCAUCUGAGCAGCGCGGCCGCAGCUCUCGUCGCCGCGUCUUUCUUCCACCGUGCAGAUUAGUUUGUUUUCACCGAUUUUCUUUUUUCUUUUCUUUUUUUGCUUUUACGCACGAUUUCAUCGACACCCACUCACGCCAGACUGCAACAUCGGGAUUUACUACUUUUUCGUCCAUUUGCCACCCGUGCGUUUUUGUCGUUGCAUGGACAAUAUUUCCACUUAGAUGGUCGGACUGUCCACCCCCCACUGACUUCCCGGGAAGACUCACUCGCUGAACUCUUUUAACGGCAAUGGAAUACUUUGAUGAGAAUAUUUCUGCUACGAAACAAGCGUCUUUGAACUUCUGAGGCACAGACCUUCAGCAUUCCUGUCCUAUUAGUAGGUGCACAGUCCACUUGGCCUCAGCCCUUCUAAGUACCCCAGGUCUCUCUGUGACCCUGUCUGGCCCAUGAUGUCCAGACAGCUCUCUCAGCUUCCCAACCCGGACCUCCCUGCAGGUGCAAGCCCACAGUUUGGAGGUUGCACUCAGCCUGCAGGCUCAAUCACAGGGGCAAACCUCAACUCCAUAGGGGGGCUGAAGUCCCUCCUUCAGCACCCUGUGAAGGGUGACCAGCGUUUGAAAAGUCCCUGCGAUGUCAAAGACAAAGACAGAUCCCUCGACCUAGACGAGGACACCUUGGGAGUGUGCUCCUUACGGAAUGGGAGUGGAAUUGGAAACAACAACAAUGGCUGUGGAGGAAAUGGAAAUUCCAACCAGUUUUUGCUGCCUAUGUUGUGGGAUCGAAGCCUACCUGCUGAUGGUGGGCUCUUCCAGCUUCAGUACAUGGACUUGGAGGAGUUUCUGACUGAAAAUGGAAUGGGCAGCAUGCACAACAACAACAGCUCCAGUUCGGCCCAAAUCCCCUCACAAAGCUCCCAGUCGGCGGUACCCAACCAGAGCUCCCAGUGCCUACCGUCUUCAUCGCCAUCGGGGGCUUCUCCAACACCAUCCUCUUCCUCGUCCUCUCCAUCUCUCAUCGGUCUGGAACUCGCUCAGCCUCAUAACCUGACAGGAGGCAACGACUGUCUGCAUGGGAGUCAGACGAGUAUGAACGACUCCUGUGAGUCACCAUCUUCCUCCUCGUCUUCUUCCUCUUGUCCACCUUUGCUGACACCCACCAGCAGCGGGCCCGAUGUCUGUAUGUUUGACAUGGACCCUGCAGACAUAGCUCUGUCCAGCGACUCUGGGCAGCACAGCUAUGACCCCAGGAGGUCUACAUUCAGUGAAGAAGAGCUGAAGCCACAGCCCAUGAUCAAGAAGGCACGCAAGAUUCUGGUACCUGACAACAUGAAGGACGAGAAGUACUGGACCAGGAGAUAUAAAAACAAUGAAGCAGCGAAGCGCUCCAGAGAUGCUCGCCGCCUCAAGGAGAACCAGAUCUCUGUCCGCGCUGCUUACCUGGAGAGAGAGAACGCCGCCCUGCGUCAGGAAGUGGCUGAGAUGAGGAAAGAGCUCGGGCGUUGUCGUAACAUCCUUAGUAAAUAUGAAAACCGCCUCGCCGACCAGUGAUGCAAGUCCAGAAGGAGUAAGCUGGAUAAAAGACUUUUUGACGGACAGAUUAUGACAAUGAGGAGGAUGAUCAUGAAUGUAUCAGAAGGAGGAGGAGGAGGUUUGUGUCGCAGCUCAGGUGUCUUGUUUUGUUGAGGUCUGUGCUCUUAAAAGCAAUGGAUGGAGAACAUAAUUUAAUAGAUGAAAGAUGUGACUUUUAAGAGUUUUGUUAUUGGAGAAUUGUAUAUUUUUAUAAUGCGAUAAAUUAGAGGGAGAGCAAAUUUGAGAAUAAUUUUGUAUAUUUUCUAUAUGACGGGGAAAUGCCAUGGUUAUAUCUUUUUUGUUAUCGCGGCAUCAUAGAGAGACAUAGAUGGGUAUUUUUCCGCUUGAUUCUAACAAUCGAGAUGCAGCUGCAUGAGCAAGGAUGAAACAGUUGUAAUAUAGGGAGCUGAUUUAUCUUACAGUUGUGGAUUUAUAUCUUUGUGUUGUUUUUUUUUCUCCUGAAGCACUUAUUUUCUUUAGUCCUGGGAAUGGGCAUGCAAGAAGAGAGUUGGAGUAACACCAGGCUUGUACUCUGCAUCCUUUUAUUGUUAAGUUUAUCCCCAUCUCCCUAUGAUAUGUUGUAUUUUGGACAUUUCUAUGAGAUUGUUAUAUAUUUCUUAUGUCCAUGCUUUUGCCUUUUUCUCUAUAUCCUCUGCCACCAAACUGAAAUUGACUCAGUUGAUUGAAUUGUGCUGGAAGCUUUCUGAAAAUCGUCACGGUGACUCUUCUUCCCCUUAUCUCUCCUCAUCCUUUCAAUACUAAUGCUGUUUCUCGUUCUUGGCUUCUGUCUCCUGUUUCACGUGCACCAGUCUCAUCUUGAAGUCAGUGUUGUCACGCAUCUAACCUCCCAGUCAAAUCACACUUCUAAUGUUCUUUAUAAGCACAUUUGAUUAGAGGGAAAUAUUCUGUAUAUUUGAUGGGCUAUUUUUGUCAAUGGCAUAUUCCAGAGGAGAGGUGCGAUUUCCUCGCUGAGCGGAAUGUUGUUAAUUUCUCAGAUUUCUGGGAGAAAUAAAAGCCAAAAUUUUCUUGUAUUGAUUCUCAGCUUGUUGCUAUUUAGUGUAUUUUUCCAAUAAUUCUUUCUUACUCUUCAUACUUUUUCUGUAUCUAUGAACUCUUAUGUAGCCACGACUUGUACACAGGGGCAUGGUUCACUGUAGUGAUGACAGGGGAGUGUGAUUUUCAAAUCUCACCACAUCGAGGAGUCACCGUUACCGCUCAUGUUUUUGAUUCCGAUGAUCCCUAUUAUGUCAAUGAAUGGUUCUUCUUCCUUUUGGAUGAGCUGUGGAACCUUGAAAUAUCAUCCGCCAUCUGUGUUUCCCACGAGGACUUUUCAAAUGGAAAGAAAUCCAUCACUCUGGUAUUCCUGACUUGGACAUUUCUGCAUUGCUUCUUUCUCCCGUGGACACAACUUUGACUCUUUUAUUUCUAUUGGAUCCCAGCCCAGAUCGGUGGUGAAGCCCACUUGCUUCACCAUUGACGAUGGCGUCUGCUCCCAGCUCCGUCGGAACAACGCGCAACAUCAUCCUUUAUUUCAGCCUCUCUCACCUUUGUCAGUGGUUGUUUGCUCUCCCGACAGGAUUUAGUCUCGAAUAUCCUCACAGAUGUGAUUGAUUCAUCUUGUAGUGUCUCUAAUUAAACUACAGCUGCCCUGCAAUGUCACCAGUGUCCAUGGUGCACAGCCCAACAAGUGCUGGUUAUAUGGAUGUAGUUGAUAUUUUCCCAAAACACCAAUAAAAGA